CUGUGAGCUGUGGCCAUGGCAGGGUUCCUGGACAAUUUUCGCUGGCCCGAGUGUGAAUGCAUCGACUGGAGCGAGCGCCGCAACGCCAUCGCCUCCAUCGUGGCCGGGGUGCUGUUUUUCACAGGCUGGUGGAUCAUGAUCGAUGCUGCCGUGGUUUAUCCCAGGCCGGAGCAGCUGAACCACGCCUUCCACACCUGCGGGGUCUUCUCCACUCUGGCCUUCUUCAUGAUAAAUGCUGUAUCAAAUGCACAGGUGAGAGGAGACAGCUACAGUGAUGGAUGCUUAGGAAGAACAGGGGCUCGGAUCUGGCUCUUCAUUGGCUUCAUGUUGAUGUUUGGAUCUCUCAUUGCUUCCAUGUGGAUUCUCUUUGGAGCUUAUGUUACACAGAACACUAAUGUGUACCCUGGAUUAGCAGUGUUUUUCCAGAAUGCAUUAAUAUUUUUCAGCACUCUGAUCUACAAGUUUGGGAGAACAGAAGAGUUGUGGGGCUGAGCUCACUGCUGGCCUGGCCCCCAGCUGCCCUGUGCUUCUUGUCUGUAGAAAUUCAGUCCUUUGUCCUUGGUUUGCUUCCCAAACUGGUGGAACUGAGACAAUUCCAGGCUCUGUCCAAAGCUGCACUUGUGAAUAUGUACAUAGGACAUUUCAAAGGGAAUGGCAGGCUGCCAGGCUUUCUCCUUCAUGCCUUUCCAUCCAAGUUUCACCUUCCAAACCUCCACACUUAGUGAGCAAACAGGACAGAGCCCAUCCCUGGAGCAGGGAUAAGAGCUGAUUUUAAGAAUUUUAUAUUAUUGUUCAGGUAAAUAUAAAGUAGCUUUUUUUUUUUUUUUUUUUUUUCUGGUAAAAGGUUAUGGGUUUUUAAGCAAGUCCCUACACUCAGCAGGUUGUGCAUGGCAAAGCAAAAUAUUCCUGACUUGUGAUGGCUCUGGCACAAAGGACAUUUGCUGGCACCACAGUCCUUGGGAUUAAUUUCAUGCUGCUCAGUGUAAGAGAUUCCAGUUGGUAUUUAAUGUAUUUCCUGAUACUAGAAUAAAAAAACUCCAACAAGCUGAUGCCAGUUGUACUUGAUAUGGAGAAUAAAUGAGUCAGAGCAA